AUGAGCCUCAACCCGACUGCACCCAGCUAGCUGAGCCCGAGCUGAUCGAUCCCAACGUUGGGAGGAAGAAGCUUCACGUGGUGCCCGCCCAGGUAUCCAUCCUCUCCUCCCGCCAACCACCCGGGCGGGCGGCGUACUGGUAGACAACGCCCCGCUAACCGCAGCAAGCUAGCACGGCGACCCCUCCAUAACCAUACCAUACACCACACCACACCAGCGCCGAAUAGAUUGGUACGUACGUACUCCAAUAAUACACAGCCCAACAAGACACAGGAGGAAGAUGGUCAAGUGAGUAGGAGGAGGAGGAGGAGGAUACAAUAUUCUGCCCGGCCCUGCCCAGCGCUGUUGUUGCAUCGCGGAAAAAGGUUUAGGUUUGGUGCGCAGCUUCCCGGUUGACCUCACCGAGGGAUCUUUUGUUUCUUUCCGUCCGGUGCCCGAUCGUUCCACUCCAACUGAUUCAUCCGCCUACCAAAGCUAGCGAGCCAGAGAGCUAUUUGGGAUCGCUCGGCGGUAGUGGAUAUAUAGCCGGGCGUUUCUUUUCGGGUUUUGUCGUGGAUGAGCGCUGCGUUGGCGACGGAGGGAGGAGCAGCAUGGCGGCGGUGAGGAGGGUGGCAGGCUGGUCGCUCCUCGGGCGGGAGAUCAAGACCGGCGAUGAUGGCUUCGUGGGCGCGCCCGAGGCGACCGUCACGACGCCGGAGCCGGGGCCGUCGGCCACGGCGGCCAGGAUCACGCCCGCGGUGCUGUUCAUCACGGUCGUGCUGGCCGUGGUGCUGCUCGUGUGCGGGCUGCUCCACAUCCUGCGACGCCUCUUCCUCAAGAGCCACCGCGCCAAUGCCCGGGCGGAGGCCGUGGAGCGGCAGCUGCAGCAGCUGUUUCACCUGCACGAGGACGGCGCCGGGCCCGGCCUCGACCAGGCCGCCAUCGACGCGCUGCCGGCGUUCGCGUACGCCGAGCUCUCCGGCUCCGGCUCCGGCGCCAAGGGGCAGCGCCAGUUCGACUGCGCCGUCUGCCUCAACGAGUUCGCCGCCGACGACCGCCUCCGCCUGCUCCCGCUCUGCGGCCACGCGUUCCACGUCGCCUGCAUCGACACCUGGCUCCGCUCCAGCUCCACCUGCCCGCUCUGCCGCACCGUGCUCUCGGUUCGCGCGCCCUCCACCGUCGUGGCGGCCGCGGACGCCGCCGGUGAGCCGGACAUCGAGGAGCGGAAGCAGGAGCAGGAGGACGCGUCAAAGGAGGUCGUCGUCGCAAGCACCGUCGUGCUUCCUGUCAGGCUCGGCCGGUUCAAGAACGUCCAGGGCAACAACAACAACGACGUCGAGGCGGGCACCAGCAGCCGCCUCGACGCGAGGAGGUGCUUCUCCAUGGGCUCCUCCUACCAGUACGUGCUCGCCGAGGACAACCUGGUGGUGUCCGUGCACUGGCGUCCCGGCGACGGCAGCGCGGCCAUGCGCCCCGGCGUGACCACGGCGGGCAGUGACCAGCAGGGCAAGAAGGUCUGCGCCGCCAGCCGCGGCGACAGCUUCUCGGUGUCCAAGAUCUGGCAGUGGCGCGGCGGCGGCAGGCGGCUCCCGGGCCUCCGCGCCGGCUCGUCGUCCCCGACGGACCAGGACCUCCCGUGGGCGUCGCCGGCGAGCACGCGCAGCACGAGGCAAGAAACCGACACCUGAUAACGAUGGUAGAAUCUAUACACAGAUACACACACAUGCAUGUAUUUCGUCCUGUGCCGUUUAUUUGUUCAUUAGUGCUACGAGUAGCUAGCAAUAAGCAUUUCAUGUUAAGAGUUUUCAUGCCUUUUUGAUGAAUCUUUUUGGGCAACGUUGAGUAGUUGGCGUUUCCUCGGAAGUGGAUGGCAAACGAACGCACUUUGCUGAAAUUUUUAGUUGCGACGAUCAAACGGCGACAGUUUCUGUCCGUUUUUGCCUUAAAUUUUCCUUUUUCUCAGAAGUUACCAUGCAUCCAUGAAGAAAAUGCCAGCAAAAACGUUCGCAAAUACCACCCUUGCAGUGAACGUUCAUCAGCUAUUGGGGUCCAUCUUUUUUGCCUACUGCUCCGAAGCCAUGUAUACAAGUACAACAACAUCAUCAUCAUCAAAACUCAUAUGGCUACUCAUAUACUCCUAGCGCAUUGCUACAUUUUGUACUGCUCCACUGGAAUAUUCCGGUGUUUAUCAUCUGCCUGUACACGUACAGCAGGGGCUAGCAUACCAUGGCCAUGGAGUCCGAUUACUGUGGGUGGCCCUGUCCCAAUCUGAGGUCCCAUACACAGCAUAAUGGCGCUGCCACGUACAGGUGUCUGCUGCCGGCGUCUCCUCACUCACCUAUGCUCUUGCAGUACCACCACCAUUAAACUCAGGAUCUGGGCUGUUUGAUGGGCAGAUUUGGGUGGCAUUGUCCUUGGCUUCUGGCGGGAUUAGUUAGGGGGCUUAAUGGCUGAUGCGUGAGAGGUGUCCCAGCUAGCUAACCCAUCUACCGCCAUUCUUCCAGCCGCAGCAAGGGCGAGCCAGCAACCGCAGACUCAGCCGACUUUAAUUAUGCUGCUGAAUUGGUUGCACAGUGUAGUACAGUCUGCAGUGGUCGAUCGGCACUGGGAUCAUGGACCACGGCGGCUUUGGAUGGAGCGUUGAUGAUCGGUAUGGUAUCCAAGUGGGGGCGGCCGUUGCGGCUGCUAGCAGACAACAUUUUUUACUUCCUUUAUUAUUGUUGGCCUUGAUAGGCACGGUGAUUCUGAUUCUGAUUCUGAUUCCUCUUCACUGUCAGUUCUUACGAGGCCUUCUUGUUUGACUUGCUCGGUUAGCUACUCUGAUCCUAAUCACAGUGGUAUUGUAUGUUUGGUCGAUUAGGUCAAGGAGACAAUGACUGUGCAGCUGAUACUUAAUUUUGAUGAAGAUAUCGAGGUCAACUGCGUUAACCCUUGAGGUAAGCAGAGUAGCGAUAACAACGUGUGACCGUACGUGCAAGGAGUAUACAAUGCAGGCACCAUGCCGCGCAAACACAUGACAAGGUCAAAUGUUGAUGAUAUGAUCUGAGUCUGAGCAGGCGGCCGUGUUACGAAUAUGCUUGCACAUGCUCGUUCAGAAAUUUGUAAGUUGGUUCAGAAAGGGAUAUGACCACGCUUUACACCUAUAUAAUACUCCCUCCGUUCCCAAAUAUGUCUUUCUAGAGAUUGUAACAAGUGACUACAUACGGGCAAAAUAAAUGAAUCUACACUCUAAAAUAUGUCUACAUACAUCCGUAUGUUUAGUCCAUUUGAAAUGCCUAGAAAGACAAAUAUUAAGGAACAGAGGGAGUAUAAUCUAAUCUAGGUGAGACUGGAUGAUGAAAGCAUGCAAGCACCAACAAAGUGCAUAAUGCGAUUGUAUUAUUUGCUUUAAGCAACAAAAUAGUGCAUUGUGGUA